GUGCUACCACACACAAAAAAACCAGAAAAGUGAAAGAAGAACAGAAGAUAGGAAGAAGAAAACCAGGAGGGGAAAGGGAGGAAUGAAAACCCCGCCCACCUGUGCUCUCCUUGGCUCCCUUGCUCUCCCCAUCCACAUGCGCUCUCCUUGAUCCAGCUCCGCCGUUGUCCCUGUCUCUCUCUGUGAUUGCAAAUCUCCGAAAUCGGCGAUGCAGCGGCAAUCCUCCAAGCUUGCCAAGGAAGGAGGGUUGUUCGACGGCUGGUGGUCUAGAUCAAUUUCCUUCCUCUGUUUUUCCUACUCGAACCAUUAAGAGAAGGGAAGUUGUGGACGACCCCGGUGCGAUGGGAAGGUCGGUCAUGGAUGUCGGUGAUGAUCCCAAGGAACUUGCCCGGCCGCAGAUGAACAGUUAUCAACGUCGACAAAGGAAGGAUAAUGUAAGAGUUGUUGCCGGUGUAGAUUUCCGAAGCCUGCAAAGUAGCAACGAGGGCUGGCCGUUGCUCUCUAGCCAAGGGAAGAGGGAGAAGGAGUCUCGGCCCUUGGACAGCAGCAGUGUAGCUUGCUUGCCCAGAGGAUCGAUGGAAAACCUUUUGUUGCUGGGAAGACUAAGAUGCAAGUGGCGAUUCAGUGAAGGAAGUCAGAAACCCACAAAAGGAACAAGGCUCGAUUUUAAUUGCUCGCUUGGAGAGUAGGGAAGACAUGUUCAUUGCAUGCAAAUGAUGAUUUCCAAGAAACUUGCAGCAAACAACUUGGAAUUGGCAUGGGUUAUUGGGUUUCAAUCUACUUGAAAUUGCUUUAUUGAACCUCUAGAUCAGUGUUUCCAAUCUAUGGC